AGAUCCGGUUGGGCUGGCUCAGCGGUUGCGGGCUGAACAUUUCGUUAGUCCGGAGCUUGAGGUUGAGAAGAGAGGAGCUUACACCAUGGCUCCGCUGUCCGCGCUCUGCGCUAUAUUGGCCGCGGUCAUCGUCCCCAAUUUUGCUGGAUAUAUCGAGGCCCUGGCUGCCAAUGCCGCUGCUGGGUUCGCAGUGUCCGAGCCACAAGUCGCAAUGUUCUGCGGUAAACUAAACAUGCAUGUCAAUGCUCAGACCGGAAAAUGGGAGCCAGAUCCUUCAGGAAGCAAGAGCUGCUUUCAGACAAAGGAGGAGAUCCUGCAGUACUGCCAGGAGGUGUACCCCGAAUUUCAGAUCACAAAUGUGGUGGAGGCCAACCAGCCAGUGAGCAUCGACAACUGGUGCAAGAAGGGCAAGAAGAACUGCAAGGGACACAGCCACAUCGUCCUGCCCUACAAGUGUCUGGUGGGGGAUUUUGUCAGCGAUGUUCUCCUGGUUCCUGAGAAAUGCAAGUUCUUCCAUAAGGAGCGGAUGGACAUGUGCGAGAGCCACCAGCACUGGCAGAAUGUUGCCCGUGAGGCUUGUAUGACGGAGGUCAUGGUCCUCCACAGUUAUGGGAUGCUGCUCCCAUGUGCCGUCGACCAGUUCCGUGGCACAGAAUACGUCUGCUGCCCGCAGGCUAAGAGGAUAGAAGAACCACUGUCCAAGGAGGAUGAAGAGGACGAUGAUGAGGAGGAGGAGGAAGAAGAGGAAGAUGAUUACGAUUCUUAUAAGAGCGAGUUCCCAACCGAGGCCGACGUGGAGGACUUCACAGCUGCAGCGGAGGAUGAGGAAGAGGAGGUGGAAGAUGAAGACUAUGUGGUGGGAGCCCACAAUUAUUACGAUAACUAUGAGGACUACAACGAUGAGACAACCACAGAGCCGUCUGCACAGCCCACCAAGGGCAAGACUCUCUCCGACAAGGAGAUCAUCACGGAUGUGAAAGCUGUCUGCUCCCAAGAGGCCGUCACUGGUCCGUGCCGUGCCAUGUUCCCUCGCUGGUACUUCGACAUCAAGCAGAAAAAGUGUGUCCGGUUUGUUUAUGGCGGCUGUGGCGGCAACAGGAACAAUUUUCAGUCUGAGACGUAUUGCAUGGCCGUGUGUAAAGUGAUCAUUCCCAGCACCCCCGCCCCGGUGGACGAUGUGGACAUCUAUCUGGAGACCCCAGCAGAUGACAAUGAGCACGCACGCUUCCAGAAAGCUAAAGAGCAACUGGAGGUCCGACACCGCAACCGCAUGGACCGGGCCAAAAAGGAAUGGGAGGAUGCGGAGCGCCAGGCAAAGAACCUGCCCAAGGCUGAGAAGCAGACACUGAUGCAGCAUUAUCAGGCCACAGUCAAGGCUCUGGAGAAGGAGGCCGCCCAUGAGAAGCAGCAGCUGGUGGAGACUCACCUGGAGCGCGUGGAGGCCAUGCUGAAUGACAAGCGCCGCGUUGCUCUGGAGAACUACCUGUCAGCCCUGCAGGCCGACUCCCCUCGCCCUCAUCGUAUUCUUCAAGCACUGAAGAGAUAUGUGCGGGCAGAAAACAAGGACAGGCUGCACACCAUCCGCCAUUAUCAGCACGUCCUGACCGUGGACCCUGAAAAAGCAGCACAGAUGAAAUCCCAGGUGAUGACCCAUCUCCGUGUGAUCGAGGAACGCAUGAACCAGAGCCUGUCCCUCCUGUACAAAGUCCCCUAUGUGGCUGACCAGAUCCAGGAUGAGAUAGACGAAUUAUUCCAGGAACAGCGCUGGGACAUGGACCAGUUCACUUCGUCCUUCUCUGAGUCCCAGGGAGAUGUGCGGGUGAGCUCAGAGGAAAGCGAGGAGACUCCCAUAAGAGAGGGCAAACCCUUCCGGCCUGUGCAGGUCAAGACUUUCCCAGCAAUCACAGAGUCUGAAGAAUCGUCACGGGACUCCUUCUUUCCAGUGAGAAAAGGCUCAGGCAUGGCUGACAACAAACCACUCAUCGGGGCAGAGGAGAAGAUCCUGAACGGCAAAGCCGAUAAGAAAGUGGUCAUUGAUGAGACCCUGGAUGUGAAGGAAAUGAUUUUCAAUGCAGAAAGAGUCAGUGGACUUGUGGAUGAGCCGGACACAGAUGGAUCUCUCCGCAGUGAUUUCAGCUUCAGCAGCGGCACAUUAAUCGGCCUCCUGGUCAUCGCUGUAGCCAUCGCCACCAUCAUUGUCAUCAGCCUGGUCCUGCUGAGGAAGAGGCAAUACGGCACAAUCAGUCAUGGGAUUGUGGAGGUGGAUCCCAUGUUAACCCCCGAGGAGCGUCACCUGAACAAGAUGCAGAAUCAUGGCUAUGAGAACCCCACCUACAAAUACCUGGAGCAGAUGCAGAUCUAAAUGCUGUGGGAAAAAGGGGGUUAUGGGGGGGGGGGGAGGGGGGAGGGAUUCUACAUAAGCCUACGUGGGGUCUGUGGUUGGAAAUGGGGCCAAAGAUUGGGCAUCAGGUGGGCAUUGAUCGGGGUUUCACUUAUGUCCAAUGGUUUUGAAUAGAGAUUGUCCAUUACCCCGGGCGCUUGUGGACUCUUUGAUCACUUCAGAGAUUUUUUUUUUUUUCCAUUCUUUUUAAACGGGUGACAGGAUAGGGUUAAUACAGAGUCUUCACUGAAUAUUUUAUCUUUUUGUCGUAUUUUGUUUUUUACGAAUCAGAUGCCAUCACUGUGUGAGUCUCUUGCAUACAAUAUACAUAGAUAUAAAUAUAUAUAUAUAUAUGGACGGGACUGGUUGUUUCCGCGAGUCUCGGUAGGACGCUUGUCGCCUCUUUCUAUUCGCAUAUUUAAGAAAUAAAUAAAUAAAAAAAAUAUCUUCAAAGUGUAAAAAAAAAAAAAAAAAAUCAUUUAAGAUGCGAAGAAUCGUUAUUAGAAUGGUAACGGUGGAUGUCGCUGUAAAUUUUAUUCCUGGACGGAUGGCAUUUUAUUACGUGAUGGCAGGCAGUGGUAAUCUGUGCUGUUAUGGCAGAAGUGGGACUACAACUCCCAGCCUGUGCUGGAAAUCCAUGCUGAUUCUUGUAUUAAAACCGCUUACGUGACGCCAAAGUACGAAACCCCAUGUUUUGUGGAGGCGAAAAUAAGCGAGGCGGUGGGGAAUGGGGGGGGGGUCAGUUCUUUCUGAGCAUUGUGGCCCCCGCUUCCCGCUCUUAAUGUUCCAGUCUGGAGGAUGAUGAGAUCCUGCAGACUUUGUACUACUGAUGUAUGUUCUGGGCUGCUGUGUCGCGCCCGCGGUGACCGCACAAUUUUGCUUCUUGUUCCCAUUACUAAUAAAGUUGAUUGAUUCAUUCCCUGGGGGGUUCUGUUUGAGAUCGCUAACCACAUUGGAAUUGCUGCACUUUACUGACUCCACCCCCUUUCCUAUGUAAAAAUAAAAAAUAAACUUUACUGGUAAUGAGAACAAGAUGGCGGUGAACAUUAGAUCCCGCCUUGUGGUUUUGGGUCCAGAGUCGAUAAUUCACUGUGUGUCCGAGCGGGGCGACCGGCAGCUCCUCCUCGCCUCUUGCCCUGCGCCGUAGCUCCUCCUCCACCCCAUGUCUGUUUGGCUUGUAUUCAGCGCAUCAUCUCAGAGUCUAAGGUUCUGGUAACCUGUGGUUGUGUCUUUUUACCCCGCGCUCUUGUUUUACCGUGUUUUUUUUUAUUUUAUUUUUUUUUUAUCUAUUUUUUUUUUUUUUAUUCCCCCACCUCCCUAAAUUCUUCAUUUAAAUCGCACUAUGCACAGAUUCAACUUUAACCUGCAAGAUCCCUUGUGUGUUCUGUGGGGAAUGUAAAAAUUGGAGAAAACACGUCAAUAAACACUAACUUCCAUAAAG